CUUGGUAUUAUUAUAAUCUUUUAUCUUUUUUUUUUCUUUUCAUUUCUACAUGCCAUAACCUUUUUCCCCUUUACACAGAACUUUUACAUUCCACCCAACAUCAAAUUUUUUUAAGUGACAUCCCAGAAAGAACGACAAAUCCUCUUUUAUAAUGAGAGCAAAUGCAAAGUUGAUAGUUAGCUUAAUCAAACGAAUUGAAGUUCGACUACCAAUAAACAACAACGGUAGAACAAUUGAAAGUUUAGAGCAGGAUCCAAUAACUCAGCAAACAGUCGCUGCAAUAAUUGAAUUGUCUGUUUACAAAUUACCUGUAAUAGUUAACCAACUAGCUCUAGUAUUAGAAUCAAUAUCAAAGAAUAUUCAACCAUUGGCACAAACAUCAACUGAGCCAUAUAUUCCUUUCGAUGUAUUACAAUCUCAAUUAUUCAUCAUUCGACUUUUAUCGGCUUGCUUGCAACACCAAUGGACUUGGUUUAAAAAACAGGCACAGCGGAUUUCUCAAGAGACAAAUAUCACAGAGGAAGCUGUUGCUGCCGCGGCAGCAACCGGUGCUUAUAACGACAUGUCAAACAGUAGCAAUCUUUCAUCUUCAUCCAACUUAUCAGACAAAACUUCAGCUCCUCAUCGCUAUUCACCAAAGGAUGAUGUUCAAAUUGACCCUCCGCCUCUCGAUGAAGCGUUGGUAACUUUUUUACUUGUCCUCAUGAGUAGAUUUCUCAGUCAGAUGCAUAUAUUAGAAGAACGUAAUGAACAAAAUGCUUUGUUAUCGUCUGAACACACAAAUGACGGCUUGGCAGCUGCAUCUAAAGUAGAUCCCCAAACCUUGGAGUAUAUCCGCGAGAUAUAUAACACAUCUGGGAAAGUACUGUAUUACGUUAGUGCAAGCAACUGGCCUUCCUAUUAUGCAAAAAUAAAGAAUGCUAUUAAUAUCCUUGGUGCCGUGAGUGAAAGCUCGGAUUCAAAUCCACCUGAGGUUAGAAUUUUGGCAUUUUCGUGUUUGAAUAUACCAAAAUUACAUACCGUGCUAUCAGAUUUAAGCCCUUAUUUCUUAAAUAUGAAAAUCCAAGGGAAACUACAAGUAUUAUUCGCUAAAAUGAUGAGGAUGGCAAUUUGGAAGUGGAUGGAAAUGAAACCCUCUCAAUUUGCAGCGAUUUGUGCUAGCAGCAGCAGACCUUUGGCUGGUUCAGAGAUUCUUUUUGACAUGUGUAAUGUUGCAGCCGACAAUUCUCGAAAGAAAUCGGUUUUGUGGCCGUUACAAACUAUUCUUUUGGCUUUAACGCCUGAUCUUUUAGUGCAAGCAUUUUUGGAUGAUAGAGGUUUACAAAAUCGAAGGACUGGCUUCCCUCGUCUGCUGAAAAAAGCGUUACAAGCUUCCCGAACUCAAGAAAUUGCUGCCAUUUGCUAUGUCGAUUUGUGUAAAGCUGCAACUUACAUUUCUCCGAAUGAAGAUACGAUUCUCCGCCAUAUUGCCGCUGAUGUGGAAGAUAUUUUACGUGAAAAGGUUUGGGACUUUUCUCGAACUUCUGCUGUCGACAAUUUAUCCUCAACAUUAGGAUACACCAUCAGUCAUCAGGCACUAGUGACGGACUAUUUUUUAGCGAGAUUAUGUUUAGAUCCUAAAAAGACCCUUUCCACAUUAGUCCCUACGUUAUUAGAAGAUGACGUCCCGACAGUUUUUAAACAGGCGUUUGUCAAUUCAUGUUUAACGAUCGCACUGGAAGAAAGAACGUUACCCUGGAACCCAACAAUUAAUUUAAUGUACGAUUCUAUUUGUGCACCCUUGAGACGCAUAUUUGUGCAGGCAGUAAAAGUUGAACUCAGCGCUGGAUCUUCCAGAUCGGAUAUUUCCAACACGACAUCUGGGUCUAAAAAAUUGAAUGGCAGUGGAGAGAAAAAACUGUUGAAUGUAACGGCCUUGCUUCAAAGCAUGCUUAAGUUGUUCAAAUUGGAUCCAUUAUGUGUUCUACUUGGAGGUACAGAUAGCAACAAUUGCGUAGAAGAAAAUGCAACCAUAAUGAUUUCUUUGAUCAAUUUGAUGAAGCACAGUGACCGACGUGUACGACGAAGCGCUGCUGACUGUUUAAUACAACUGCAUGAUUCCUCAUUUAUUGCUCACUGGGGACCAUCCAUCACUUUAAUUAAUAAUUUCUGGAAAAUAUCAUCACAGACCGUCUUGGCCAUUGCUCGACAAAUUUUGGACAACAGACAAAAUGAAGAAUUUUUGAAAUCCUUAUUAGAGCUACUAGCGAAGAUACUGAUAUCUAGAAAUUCCUUUUUAAGAAGUAUUCUGGAAACUGCGCAUGAAAAUACGGAUGGUCAUGAUCGUCUUCAAGCCGGUGUAACACUCGAGAUUGCGCUGUUGGUAUCUUUGUGCUCGCCGAUUCCCGACAUUUGCUCAAUCGCUACAAAAUGUUUAGGCUAUAUGUGUAUUGAAGCAAAAAUGGUAGAUGAGGACAAUAUGGUGGAUACAGCCUCAAGAGUCAGUCAAAACAUAAUUGGGUUCAAUCAUAACAUUGAAAUAUACGAGGACCUUUCGUACGAAGAGCCUGUUAGUCAUGGGAACCGAAAACAACCUUUUGUGGGGAGAAAAGCUCAACAAAAGCGAGUUCGUAAAUACCUACGCAUGAUAACGACGCCAACGCCUGGUGUUUUAGCCUCAUGGGAAGAAGUAUGGCAGCGAUGGAAGAUAUUAACACAUACAGUUAGUCGUUUUGGAAUGGACUCCCUUAGAGACUUAAACGAAGCCGUAAAUUUACCCAUAGCCUCGGCAUCAUCUGUAAAAAAAAUUGGAGGAUUGGUCAGACAUGAUAAGUUAAGAUCAUCAUCAGUUAGAACAGCGGUUGCACCAGUUCCAGUAGGUCGGAUUGAAACUGACGACGAAAAACAAACGGAAUGGCAAAACUACACUGGAUUCUUAGCGUCUCUAAGUGGUUGCCGCUUAGCUGCGGAUAUGAUCGACGAUGAUUUUUACAUGGAAGAUAAGCGCUCUAAAGGAGGAGACAAUCGAAUGGGAUCACCAAAUAGACCCAUCAUUAUCGUCGAAAAGUUUAUUAUGGAAAUGAUCGAAUUGCUGACUUCCGAAAAUGUGGUUAUAAGGGAAGGCGUAAAAGACACAUUAGGUGGCGAUCUUUCACCUGCACUCUACGCUACGCUCUUUCGACACCUCGAAAUUAAUAUGGCCAGUUGUUUUACUACAAACGGCGAAGUGUUAUGUGAUAAUACAAAUACACUUUUUGUUGAGCAGGUUGUGUUGGUGUUGAAGAUGAUUUUGGACCGAUUAACAGAUCCUAACGACUGUUUGCUCAGUACCGAUUUUAGCACAUUAAUUCUUCAGGUCGCCAAUUAUAUCAACCGACUACCCCAUGAAAAUUAUACAACUAUGCGUGUUAUGAUUAUGAUGUGCCAUCUGACCGAGGUUCUUAUGCUGAAAAAAGAGCAAGUUAUUGUUCGUGACGAUGUUCGUGUCAGAAACAAGCUACUUGAAAUUAUUGUUGAAUGGACCAGUGACUUUACUUUACACGUUAUGAACAAGACUUCAAUAAUCUCAAGCAAUCCCCAAAAUAAGGAGGUUCAACGGGAUCUUGAUCAAGUUUGCCUAAAGGCUAUUGUCAGUUUAUUAGAUGGACUUCCUCUUCAAUCUACUGAAACACAGACAAGAGACACUGAUCGCAGCUUAAUCAAAAGUAGAUUAUUCCAGAAGUAUUUUGCAUUCUUCACGCAGCUAUUAGACAGAUGUCAUCGAUACGAGGCGGAAGCAACUACAGUUGUAAGACCUAGCUCUAGCAUUUUAAUCAAGAGCCAUCGAGAUUUACACACCCUUUCCAUAAAGCCAUCCGAUUCCUACCAAUACUGGGGACCGUUAAAGGAGUCUGCCGUCAAUGCAAUUUCUAACCUUUUAAAUGCCAACGUUGAAUCAGGUUUAAAGUCUUCACUUGCUAUGGGGUACCAUGAAGAUCUGCGUACAAGAACUGCUUUCAUACAAGUUCUAGCAAAUAUUCUUAAUCAAGGUGCCCAAUUUGAUACUUUAGCCGAAAAUAUUAUUACAGAUCGUUACGAUAAACUUGUUGAGAUCCUUGUUGAGUCCGAUAUAGAAGUCGCACUUUCCUUGUGCGACGUUUGUCCAGCAGCUGACGCCGCUGGUGUAGCAACUGUGCUACUAGCCUGCUUUGAGUCGCGAGGUAAAGUUUUGGAUUUUCUGAAGGCAAUCAUUGAUAAAGAGGUUCAUUCUACAGAACAAGAGGCUACUUUAUUUAGAGGAACAAACAUGGCAACAAGAGCUUUAUCUAUAUUUGCUCGUGAAACAUGUGUUGAUUAUAUUCGUUUUACUCUUCAACCUGCAUUGGAAAAAAUCAAUGCAUUACCUGAAGAUAGUUUAACUUGGGAAAUGGAUCCUCAGAAAAUUGGUCCCAACGAAAGUAUCGCGAGAAAUAAGCAGAAUGUUUGUCGUGCAACAGAAUUAUUGUUAGAGGCUAUUUGCAACUCCAUACCAAUUGCUCCAAGGUUAUUCCGUCAAGAGCUUGCGCUUAUUGUAGAUGCCGUAGAAAAAAGAUUUCCUGAUGCCUUGAAGACUUCUGUUGGUGGAUUUGUGUUUUUGAGAUUAUUUAACCCCGCGAUCUUAACACCAGAAAAUUCUGGCUUUUCAAAACAGGCUUUGCCCAAAUCAAAAACGGUUCGCAAGUUACUACUUCAAGCGACCCGAAUGAUGCAAAAUUUAGCAAACAAUAUGAUGUUCGGUGCAAAAGAAACACAUUUAAUUUCUUUAAACGAUUUUAUCACUGGAAAUCUCUAUCGGGUUGCAAGCUUCUUACGCGAAAUAUGUGUCGUCCCCAAUUUUGAAAGAGAGACUGAAAGCAAGCACGAUAACCGAAACCCGAGAAUGGAUAAUGCUGGAUUUAUGAACCUGCAUCGCUAUAUGUCUGAUAAUCUCGAUAAAAUAUCCAGAGACUUGUGUGUCCGUCGUGCUAGAAGUAGCACAGAUACGCAAAAGCUCUUGGAGUGGAAACGAAUUAUGGAUAAGUUCUCAAAUUUAUUGGCCCAGCUAGGAGCUCCGUGUGAAAUUGCGCAAAAUGAGUUAUACACUUCAAGAAACUAUGCACUUGUGAAUAGCAAUAAUUAUUACAGCGAGUUUAUGCGUAGAAAUAAGAACCGAGAUGUAAGCUCUAUCAGCUCUUUGAAUGUCUUUUAUCAAGGUGGUAUAUCUCGUGGCGGGUUUCCAGUCUUCUAUCUCAUUCCACGCAACAUAUCUGGUGAAAGCUUUGAUUUUGAAUUGUUAAUCUACUAUAUGUUGAGAGUCAUGGAGCCACAUCUGAACCAUCCAUUUGAGCUUUUAUUUGAUUUGACCCGCGGUGGUGCUCAUUGUGAAAUCCCAGUCCACUGGCUGAACCAGUUCUUCCAACUCGUUUUUACUGAAAUGAAUGACCAUUUGGUAUAUCUUCAUUUAUUCAAUCCAAACUUUCAUUUGCAGCGUUAUAUUCGUAAAUUUCCUCGAAUACUGACUAACAAAUUAGUUAAACGGACCCGGUCUGCCAUCAGUAUCAGCGAAUUAAGUAAUAGCAUUGCUUUGUCUGAAAUUCGUUUACCAAAAGACUCCUAUGACAUUGAAAAAGAAAUGGGAAUGACUGUUACAAAUGCUUUCCUGAUUACCAGCUUCAAGACACAUAUACCUGUUAGCAUAAAGAUCGGAUCGGAAUACUUCCAAGUCACUACGAUCCGCGAUCAAGAAAUUUUCUGGAGUUUAAACACAAUUUUAAAUAACGUUUAUAAUUUGAAUGAUCUGAUUGACAUAUUUUUGCCUUCUGUUCCGGCAAAUAAGAGAGCAUCAGGAGAAGGCGAGAUACAUAUUACGCACGAUGGUGGUGCUGCUACGAUGAUUCUUUCGGUGCCGAAUCGGGACGCUGUUUACAAAUACUUAAUGGAUCGAAAAAAGACUUUCGAUACUCAUCUUACAGAUCGCAAUCAUGGUAUACGACCAACUGAUGUUCCUGGUCGAAUUUUGAACAUGGCGUUACUUAAUAUCGGAAGUGAUAAUCCUACCCUUCGACUAACUGCAUAUAAUCUACUCUAUUCAUUAUGCGUAUCAUUCAGAUUUGGUAUUAGCCACCAAUUGAUGAAUGCCCGAGAUUUAUGCAUUCCUUACAACAGUGUCAACUUUAUUGUUAGCACGAGUGAGCAUCUAGCUAAUAGCGAAACUCAUUUGACAUUAGAGUUUUUGAAUGAAUGUAUAGUUGGGUUUAACAGAUCAAGCACAGAGACAUCUCGACAAAUUAUUACGUUGGAAUACAUGGUACCGUGGUUGAAGAAUCUUGUCUUCUUUACCUACUCUCUUAACGGAAAAGAUGCAUCAAAGGUAAAAGAUGUCAUUCGAUCUUUGAUUACUAUCACAGCUGAAAAAUCCGAGGUGUACGAGCAUAUUCAAAAAAAUAUCUGGAAUACUUUAAAGGAUAUCGAUGAACUUCAUAACUUAGUGAUUGAUUCACUUAUUCAGUUCUCAGUCGAAAGUGGUAUUGGGUCACCGCAAGCGGAAGCUAUUGCUGAUACGCUUGUUACAAUGAAUUGUAAUGCUAUCCGAGGAAAAGUGAUUAACCGAAUGCGCAGAGUACUUCAAAGUACGUCUCACAACUGCAAGCAAACCCUAAUCAAGCAUCAAUCGUGGCAUGAAAUUGGUUGUUUGGUGCGCUUCAUGCUCACCAUAUCAUUUUAUACUGAAGACAUUGAAACACCUUAUGUCGCAGAAAUACUCCACAUUAUAUCGCUGGUAGUCUCAACCGGACCAACCUUUAUUCGAUCAUCUGUACAUGAACUUGUUGUGAACUUUAUUCACGCACUUGUAACAAACAAAAAUAUCCGCCCGGAAAACCGAAAGAAGCUGAAAUAUGUCUUGAACGAUGUCUGUGACGGAAAGUAUCGUGUACAUUUUGGCCUUAGUAAAUCCUAUGCCAAUGCGUUUACAAUUACUGAGGAGACAAUGACAGACAAUGUUGAAAACAUGAGCCUGGGAUCGCUUGAAGUAAUUGUUCGUCUUUUAUUGGAUGCUACAAACUAUGCUGCACCAACGAUAGAUGCUGCAAAUACAUGGCACGCUCGAUGGAUGAGUUUAGUUACAAGCAUGACCUUCCGUUUUAAUCCAGCUCUUCAGCCUAGAGCUUUUGUUAUUUUAGGUUGUCUGGCGCAAGACGAAAUUGAUGAUGAUCUUUUGUUUCAAAUUUUAAUUGUGCUUCGAAAUGAAUUAGCUCGCUUUAAGGAAACAGAUCCUUAUUUAAUAAUAAGUAUUAUGAUGUGCCUAACCAAUAUUAUCGACAAUCUCUCGGCAAACUCAAGAUAUUUGAAGCCUAUGUUCUGGCUGGCUAUUUCAAUGAUCCAGAUGAAUCAUAAUAGCAUUUUCUCUCAUGCCGUUAAACUGCUUCAUGCAAUCUUGCGUACUUUAGAUGCACAUAAGUACUUUAGCAACCAAUCCAUCGAAAGUGCAUUAAUGGAAGCUCGGGCGCCUUUUGCUUCAGUAUCCCAAGAAAUUGAUAUAGCUGCUGGACUCAGUUUUAAUACACAGUUCUCUUUUGCAAUUGCAGGUGUUUUACUAAAGGGGUUCAAAUAUUCUGAUGCCAGAGAAUCCAUAUUCAUGUGUCUAACAACCUUCCUUGAAAUCGAGACAAAAAAUGGGCGGCCAUCAAAUACAAUUGAUGCAAGAUGUCUUGGUUACCUCAGUGGAUUGUUGCCGUUUGCUGCUAAAAAUGAUGCGCUUAGAGAACUGCUUCGCCUGGCCGGUAUUCAUGAUAUUGAUGUGGAUAGUUUUAACUCACCUACUCAAUUGUAUGCGACAAUAUGGCGUGCGAUUGAAAUACCUAACAAUACCACAGGUAUUCUAUUGGUGUCAUUUUUAGUAGGAAUGAUCAGUCUUGCUGAGAACGAAGCCGAACGCCUUUUCUUGUACGGGUUCUUAUCCAGAGCCGCUAUUUCAACUCCGGAAGUGUUUGCAUUAGUAUACGAUUCCCUUAUACCCAAGAUGAACUCUAUUGUUGUAUCCAGUGAUAACGUCACAUUAAUUGAAGCAGUCAAAAACAUUUUGAUCACAGCUUGUUCAGAGCCUGCUUUUAUCACAACCGAGAAGUCAAGUCAUCAACGUCUUUAUCUUGACCGAAUCGGUUUUAAUGCCCUUGCCGAGAUUAAUUUUGGCUCCAUGAACUCUUCCACUGCUGUGAACUCUAAAUUGAUUAGCGAGCUGCUGCGAUUAAUCUGUGAGUAGUAGUCAUAAAGAAGUGAUAGCUUUGUCGUACCCAUUCGCCCCCCCCCCCCUUUUUUUACGUACCCCGAAAUCUUCAUUCAUACUUUAUGUAACAUUAUUCUUAACUUCUUAAUUCUUCUCAACAUUUAAAUAACCAUAUGCCCUAAUGACACGCUUUUAAUAUAUACAAUCAUACACAGUAAGAUUUCGCCAAACAUUAUGUACAUUUGAACAUCCAUUACUCGCCCAAAUAAAUUACAAAAGACAUAAAAAGUUUUUAAAUAGACUGAAUAUAGUACUAUUUUCAAGCUUUGAAGCUCACGAAAGGUAUUCGAUGGGUGUCGAUCCAGUGCUUUGCGCAGGCCAGUACUCAAAACAUUUGAUUUAAUAAAUCUCUUACAACCAU